CAGCCGGCGACCUCCCUCGCCUUCUCCGUUCUCCCAACCGGUAACCGGCUCCCUAGUCCCCACAGGCCGCAACAAAAAGGAGCGACAGCCCCGGCCUCGACCUCGCUCGCGGUCUCGCCGGCGCACCACCUACCGCGAACCAGCGGCGCUCGUAAUCGUAAUACAUGGCCGGCGGCGAGAGCGACGGCAGCCGCCUGGUGCUGCUGGACGUGUUCGGCAGCCCGUUCGCGCAACGCGUCCGCAUCGCGCUGGCGGAGAAGGGCCUGGCCUACGAGCGCGCCGAGCAGGACCUCGCCGCCAAGGGCGACCUCCUGCGCCGCUCCAACCCCGUCCACGGCAAGGUCCCCGUGCUGCUCCACGCGGGGCGGCCCGUCUGCGAGUCUCUCGCCAUCCUCCAGUACCUCGACGAGGCCUUCCCGGGGACGACGCCGCUCCUCCCGGUCGAUCCCUACGCGCGCGCGCGGGCGCGGUUCUGGGCGGGGUACGCGGACAGGCUCCAUCUCUGUGGGAAGCGCCUGUGGCUGCGGCGCGACGACGGCGAGGAGGCGGUGGAGCCCGAGGCGCGGGCGGAGAUGGUGGCCGUGCUGCGCGCGCUGGAGGCCGAGCUCGGGGGGAAGGAGUUCUUCGGCGGGGAGGCGUUCGGGCACGUGGACGUCGCGGCGGCGCCGUUCGCGGCGUGGUUCCUCACGUACGAGCGCCACGGCGGGCUCUGCGUGGCCGAGGAGUGCCCGGGGCUGGCGGCGUGGGCGGCGCGGUGCGCGCGAAGGGAGAGCGUCGCCGGCAACGUGUACCCGCCGGAGAAGGUGUACGAGCUCGUCCAGGAGUACAGGCAGUGGGUGCUCGGGAGAAAAUGAGAUGAACCGUGGUCUGACUGGAUGGUGAAUUGGUGAUUUACCUUUUUUUUUCUGGCACAAUUGUGUUUACCCGUUUGGUGAGUUUGGUCACAUCAAUAAAUUGAAUACUGAAUUUCGUUCGGUAUUGAUGAUCA